AUGAAUCGAUCAGAGGAAAAUCUUUUGCUUGUUAAUAAAUAAUCCCCUUACUUUUCAAGAAAAGACCGAUAUUUUCAGAAUUAGUAAAUUAAUAUAACUAUUUUAGAUAAAAGAGAUAACAAAUGAAACAUAAAGAGAGCAUGGGUAAUCUUCCAGAUCAAGAAGAACUAAUAAAUUAGCGAAAUGCAAAAUAAGAACAAAUCAAUAUUUUAAAUGAGGAUUUAAAAAAGUUGAAAACAUAGAUUGAAUAAAAAGAUGUAAACAAAUAGAAUUAAAAUAUAGAGGAGUAUCAAAAAUUAUGAGGAAAUUGUGCAAAAGAUAGAAAAAAACUAAAAUUUUAAUUAAUUCACAUAAGAAGGAGAAUUUUUAAUUGAUAGAAAGAACCUAGUAAUUAACUUAAAAAGAAAUUUAUAAAUGAAAGAAAAAGACAUUUAGAAAAUGACGGAAGAAAACAAAAAACUCAAAGAAGAUUAAAAAAUGGCUACAUUCUAAAAAUUGAGAGUAAUUAUUAUCAAUAAAAUCAAUAGAAAGAAAAUUUUACAUUGUUUUAACAACUGAAAAUUAGAAAUGAUUUAAUAGCUGGGUUAUAUUAAAAAAAUAAAGAAUUAGAAUAAUAAUUAGAAAAAUAAAAUGAUUUUACAAAUUAUUAAGAAAUAAUGUAAACACUUCCAAAUAAAUAAUAAGAACUUGAAGAAUUAAAAACUUAAAUAUUUGAUUUAUAAAAGACAGAAGACUAAAUCAAAGCAGAUAUUUAUAUUUUGAAAACAUCAUAUACUUUUAUAUCAUAAUUUGAGCCUUUUCCUGUAUAAAUCAAAAAAUUUCGUAGUACUAGUUUUUCAAUUAAUUAAUAAAGUUAGUUAGAAAAAUGUAACAAAUUUCGAUCAAAAUCUACUUCACAAAACAAUAAUUUUUAUGAUAAAAAUAGACAAUUUAUUAAUUCUCUUGAAAACAAGGUUACAAUUCAAACUUCUCAAAUAUAAUAAAAAAAUGAUGUUCUGUUAAAAUAAAAUGAACAAAUAAAAAAACUACAAGAAGAAAUUCAAAAUUAAAAAAAAAUAAUAGAAGAAAAAGAUUAAGAAAUUUAAAAUAUGGAAGAGAACAAAAUUAGAUUUAAUUAAUUAGUAGAAAGACUAAAAAAUGAAAUUGAAGAAAAGAAUUGUUAGAAUGCUAAUUUAGGAUAAUUUAUACAAAGUUAGACAUCUGAAUUGACAUAAAAGAAUGGAUAGAUUACUAAAUAAAAUUAAACUCUUUAAAUAUAAAAGGAAGAAAUUGAAAGACUUAAUUUGCUAUUAAAGGAUGAAAAAUUUCAAACUGAAUAAUUAAGUUAAAAACUAAAAGAAGAAAGUGAGUUAAAAAAUAAAGAUUUCCACAUUUAAAAUAAAGAAAUAGAAUAAUUUAAGAGUAAUUUAUUUAUACAAAAAUAAAAAAAUGAAAGUUUAGAUAAAGCAUUAGCAAAUCUUCAAUUGGAUUUAAAUGAAAAAAAUAAAAUUUUAACAGAGCAAAAAGAAAAAAUUGAAUAAUUCAAUAUCAAUUUGUUAAAUUUAAAAAAUAAAAAUGAAGAUUUUCAAGAAAAAAUUUAACAAUAAAAUGAGAACUUGACAAUAUUAAGAAAAAAAAAUGAAGAUUUUCAAGAAAAAAUUGAUUAACAAAAUGAAAAUUUGACAAUUUUAAAAAAAACAAAUGAAAAUAUUGAGAAUGAAAAUAAGCAUAAAAAUUAAAAAAUUUUAUCAUAAGGCUUAUAAAUAGAAAUGAUGAAGAAUGAAAUAAAUAAUUUAGAACAAAUUAUAGAGAAAAAAGAUUAUAAAGUAGAGGAGUUAACUAAAAAUGUUGAAGUUUUGAAUAAAAAUAUCGAAGAAUAAAACAAAAAAAUCAAACAAAAUAAUUUGGAAAUUGAAGAUUUAAAAGAUGAAAUAGACCUUUAAAAAUAUAGGGAAAAAGAAAUAAAUUUUAGGGUCAAAAGUGCUAAUUCCAAUAAAAGUGAAGAAAUAAAAUUAAGAUUAAUGGAUGGAAUCAAUGAUAUUUAUGUAUUUGCCAUUUAAAAAGAUAUUCAGUAUACUUUUUUAAUUAUUUUAGCAAUGAAUCACCUUUAAAUUCAAGCAUUUUUGUACCCUCAAAAAAUAUGAGAUAUGCUGUGAGUGAAUGGAAAAAGAAAUUCUAUUAAAUUUUUGUUCCAAAUGAAUACAAAAACACGAUUGAAAUAGAAUUUGGUGGUUUGAGAUGAUAUGAUUUGUUUUUAAUGAUAAUUUUUCAUUUUUUUUAUUUA